GUACUAGGACUCAGUCAUUUCAUAUUGAGAGUGGAUGCUACGCACAAGUGUCAACAACGAGUUUACCCAUUAUUUUGCUCAAACUGAUUUAGCACUUGUAGCAAUAAUAAACGCGAUAGUAAAUGUACCGAACAGUUUUCAGUAAAGUCCCUGCAAGUUUAAUUACCAAAAGCACAAUCCUUCCAUUGAACAUAUUAAAUAAGAUACAAUUAGGCAUUAUCCCGCCUCUCAGUAUCCAGCGCGGUUUUCUACUGGAGCACUGUGAUGCACAGCUUCAACAGAGGGGCAUCACAGAGGCAAAACUGCUUGCGAUGGAUGGUCGGCUAUGCAGUCAGCUUCUCAAGCAGUUGGUCUAUGAACGCUAUCUCUCCAUUCCGUUUCGAGUGUUCACUUUUGAUAUGGAAUUUACCGGUUUGCCGGUAUUUACACCCACAGGACCCACCGAAGACAUUACCGAGUUGGGUCUGUACUCUCCCUCACACGACAAGGUCUUUUCCUGUUUGGUUCAACCCGUUUGCGGCCGUCCGCAACGCCCUGAAGUGGCCGAACUGACACACAUCACGGAUAAAAUGUUAGCGGAGGAGGGACUUCCUUUCACUGACGCCUGGUCGAAAUUUCUAGACUUUGUCAACAUGCCCGAGCCGAAUGAAAAGCCCGGGUCCGACGAGUGCAUCCUGCUUUUAUCCCAUGGUGGAAAGCUUGCCGACAUCUCCCUUAUUAAGUGGACGUUGGAGAAGUUUAAGCUCGAGCUUCCAUCGCGGUUUGUUUUUGGGGACACCAUCCACCUCAUCCGGGAUGCCCAUCGCUGCCGUCCUGUCACGGUAGACAAACACCCGGCCUCGUGGAAGUUGGGGGAUUUAGUGCAGUGGCUGAGGAUCCCACCUACCCUACCAGCCCACCGUGCGGGGAAUGAUGCCAAAAUGACGUGGGAUGCGCUCUACCACACGCUUCUGCGGUAUGGUAAUGAGGAUUUGAGUCCGCGCGAACAGCUCGUCUCGCACUUCUUUAACGAAAAGGCUAAACAUCGGAUGAGAUCGAUAGAGACUGGCAAUCGAUCGGUCGCUGAGGAAGAUGAAUGCUUUUCAGAGACGGAUAUUUCCUCUAUGAAUCAGAAACGUAUUCAUGAAGGAGGGCAUUCCCGUAGCGGUGCUCUAGAAUUGGACUUUGAUGACAUCUUUAAGGACUCCGAUGCGCUGAAGCAUAGUCCCCCCAUCACUGAGUUUGUUAUAGAAGAUAGCGUUGAAACAGAUGAACCUUCAAUGCCAGAAACUUUAGAAUCUCAUUUACCGCAACGUGAACAAGCACCACACCACCAUGUCGGUAACCUCGAAAGUUUACAAUCCUCGUCAGAGAUGGAAAACAUCACUUCUGAAGCUAAGAUUAAGGAAUCCAAAAAUUCAUCACGGACAGGAAAAAAAAAUCGCACUGUAGCUGCUGUAGAAUCAGAUAUACUUAAUAAAGUAUCUAUUAUAGUUUGA